CAAUACCCUCUGCAGGGCGAUAAGAGGGUAUCUUCUGCACCCUCUAGAGGGCCCAGGGUACAGGCAGGACGCGGAGAAAGCCAGGGCGUCAGAAAGCAAUCCUGCUGGCUGCAGGUGCUCUGCUCUUUGAGCUGCGCAAGUCCAGCCCUCCUGUGUGUGAAGCCGGCUGCCCAAGGCUAACCGCAGAGUCCUGCAACCCAACAGCAGGUCUGCUGGGUCCUCUUACCCUUUUCUGCCCUCCCCUCCUCUUCUCUCCCCCUCCUGUCUUCCCCUCCUUUCCCCUCCUCCCAGGCUCUCCCAGGGCGGGUGCUCAGCCGCCCUAGCCACUGGGGCUGCCACUCCACCCCCCCACCCCCACCCCCGCGCUGCGCGGAGGCGCAGUAAUAACCCCAGCGCGGGCGCUGGAGUGGCGGCUGGAAUCCUGAGCCGAGCCCGGGUGGGAUCUUCGCUGCACGAUUGCACACUGGUGGCUGGCUGCUGCCCGGCUGCGGACCAUCCAGUGACCCGCCCUCACGGCCGAGCGCCCCUGGAUAAAGCCCUGCGAACUCUACUCAGGAGCGCAGCGCCAGCUUGCGCGGGGAGACCCGGCUAUGAGGGUCCCAGACUGCGCGACGCUCUGGGUGCUGCUGCUGGCGCAGGUCUGCGUGCAGGCACCUGCGUGCGCGAUGGAUCCCGCAGCUGCAGCGUCUGGAAGCCCUAGCGUCCCGCAUCUGUCCCCUCCCCCGGAACGGCCUGGAGGAAUGGAAACCGGCGAGUAUGACCUGGUGUCUGCCUACGAGGUUGACAGCAGAGGUGACUACGUGUCCCAUGACAUCGUGCACCACCAGCGGCGGCGAAGGGCACUGGCCCAGCCAGGAGGUGACUCUCUGCACCUCCGGCUGAAGGGCUCCAGGCAUGAUUUCCAGGUGGACUUGAAAGCCUCCAGCAACCUGGUGGCUCCGGGGUUCGUGGUGCAGACCCUGGGGAAGAGGGGCACCAAGGCCGUGCAGAUGUUCCCACCUGAGGACUUCUGCUUCUACCAAGGCUCCCUGAGGUCCCACAGAAACUCCUCCGUGGCCCUUUCAACCUGCCAAGGUUUGGCCGGCAUGAUCAGGACCGAGGAGGCCGACUACUUCCUGACACCUCUCCCUCCACACCUGGCAGGGAGGCUGAAGGGCUCUGAGCAGGGUGGGCCUGCCUCCCACGUGCUGUACAAGAGAGCAGUGGAACCCCAGGCCCCGCAGGCACCCCCUGGCCUGCUGCUCACCAGGACCGGGGAGCCAGCCAGCCCAGGCCUGCAGGGCCUCAGUGACAACCUGGGGCUCUGGCACAGGCAGCACUUCUGUGGAAGACGCAAGAAAUAUGCACCCCAGCCCCCCACGGAGGACCUCUUCGUCCUUCCCGAUGAGUACGAGUCUGUCCCCCGGUGCCGGCGCUCACUCCUCAAGUCCCACCGGAAUAAAGAACUGAACGUGGAGACCUUGGUGGUGGUCGACAGGAAGAUGAUGCAGAGCCACGGGCAGGAGAACAUCACCACCUACGUGCUGACCAUCCUCAACAUGGUGUCUGCUUUAUUCAAGGAUGGAACCAUAGGGGGAAACAUCAACAUCGCAGUCGUAGGUCUCAUCCUGCUAGAAGACGAACAGCCAGGGCUGGUGAUAAGUCACCACGCAGACCACACCUUGAGUAGCUUCUGUCAGUGGCAGUCGGGAUUGAUGGGGAAGGACGGGACCCGCCAUGACCACGCCAUCCUACUGACCGGCCUGGACAUAUGCUCCUGGAAGAACGAGCCCUGUGAUACUCUAGGAUUUGCGCCCAUAAGUGGAAUGUGCAGUAAAUACCGCAGCUGUACGAUUAAUGAAGACACAGGACUGGGACUGGCCUUCACCAUCGCCCACGAGUCUGGACACAACUUUGGCAUGGUCCACGAUGGAGAAGGGAACAUGUGCAAAAAGUCAGAGGGCAACAUCAUGUCCCCCACGCUGGCAGGACGCAACGGAGUCUUCUCCUGGUCUCCCUGCAGCCGCCAGUACCUGCACAAGUUUUUAAGCACUACCCAAGCAGUGUGCCUUGCUGACCAGCCAAAGCCUGGAAAGGAAUACAAGUACCCCGAGAAGCUGCCGGGAGAGUUAUACGAUGCAAACACACAGUGCAAGUGGCAAUUUGGAGAAAAAGCCAAGCUAUGCAUGCUGGAUUUUAAAAAGGCAAGUGAUUAUUGGCCAACGCUCAAUUGGUGCCGCGGAGGACAGUGUGUGAAGUAUGGUGCCGAAGGCCCCAAGCCCACCCAUGGACAUUGGUCGGACUGGUCCCCCUGGUCCCCCUGCUCCAGGACCUGCGGGGGCGGGGUGUCUCACAGAGACCGCCUCUGCACCAAUCCCAGACCAUCGCAUGGAGGGAAGUUUUGUGAGGGCCCGACCCGCACCCUGAAGCUCUGCAACAGUCAGCCAUGCCCCCCGGACAGCAUGGACUUCCGCGCCGCCCAGUGCGCCGCGUACAACAGCCAGCGGUUCCGGGGCUGGCACUACAAGUGGAAGCCUUACACCCAGGUGGCAGAUCAGGACUUAUGCAAACUCUACUGUAUCGCAGAAGGAUUUGAUUUCUUCUUUUCUUUGUCAAAUAAAGUGAAAGAUGGGACUCCAUGCUCGGAGGAUAGCCGUAAUGUUUGUGUAGAUGGGAUAUGUGAGAGAGUGGGCUGUGACAACAUCCUUGGAUCUGAUGCUGCUGAGGACUCCUGUGGGGUGUGCAGGGGAAAUAACUCAGACUGCACGACCCACAGAGGCGUCUACACCGCACACCACCACACCAACCAGUAUUACCACGUGGUCACCCUUCCUCCUGGAGCCCGGAGCAUUCGCAUCUAUGAAAUGAACACAUCCACCUCCUACAUCUCUGUGCGCAACGCCCUCAAGAGGUACUACCUGAACGGACACUGGACUGUGGACUGGCCUGGACGAUACGAAUUUGCAGGCACUACCUUCCGCUACAGGCGGUCCUACAAGGAGCCAGAGAGCCUGACCGCUGCCGGGCCAACCAACGAAACGCUGAUGGUGGAGCUCCUGUUCCAGGGAAGAAACCCAGGCAUUUCCUGGGAAUACUCAGUGCCCCGGUCGGGUGCUGAGAAGAAGCCCAGCGCUCAGCCCAGCUACACAUGGGCCAUCGUGCGGUCUGAGUGCUCCGUCUCCUGCGGAGGGGGACAGAUGGUCACCAAGGAAGGCUGCUACAGAGACCUGAAGUUUCAAGUUAACACAUCCUUCUGCAGUCCCAAGACCCGACCCAUCACAGGGCUGGUGUCCUGCAAAGUCUCUGCCUGUCCCCCCAGCUGGUCCGUGGGGAACUGGAGCACCUGCAGCCGGACGUGUGGUGGGGGCACUCAGAGCCGGCCUGUGCGGUGCACACAGCGGGCGAACUACAAGACGGAGACUGUCCUGGCCAGCCUGUGUCCACAGCCUGUGCCCUCCAGCCGGCAGGCCUGCAACUCUCAGAGCUGCCCACCCGCAUGGAGCGCCGGGCCCUGGGCAGAGUGCUCCCAAACCUGCGGAAAGGGGUGGAGGAAGAGGGCCGUGGCCUGCAAGAGCACCAACCCCUCAGCCAGAGCACAGCUGCUGCCCGAUGCCACCUGCACCGCGGAGCCCAAGCCCAGGACUCACGAGCCCUGCCUGCUGAGGCGCUGCCACAAGCACAAGAAGCUGCAGUGGCUGGUGUCCGCCUGGUCCAAGUGCUCUGCGACAUGUGAGAGGGGGACCCAGAAGCGAUUCCUAAAAUGUGCUGAGAAGUACGUCUCGGGGAAGUACCGGGAGCUGGCCUCCAGGAAGUGCUUGCACGUGCCAAAGCCCGACCUGGAGCUGGCGCGCCCCUGUGCGCUGUUCCCGUGCCCAGCGUACCCCCUACAGGCUGCCGCAGGGCCCCCACGGGGCAGCUGGGUUGCCUCGCCCUGGUCCCAGUGCUCAGCCAGCUGUGGGGGAGGUGUGCAGAGGCGUUCUGUGCAGUGCAUGGCAGGGGGCCGGCCAGCCUCCGACUGCUCACCACACCAGAAGCCUGAGUCCUCCCUGGCCUGCAACACUCACUUCUGCACCAUCCCAGAGAAGAAAGACACCUUCUGCAAAGACUACUUUCACUGGUGCCACCUGGUGCCUCAGCAUGGGAUGUGCAGCCACAAAUUCUACGGCAAGCAGUGCUGCAAGACUUGCUCCAAGUCCAACCUGUGAGUCGGACCGGCCCACCGCGCAGAGAAGACACUGAGCAGUAGAGGAGUCUCAGCACAGAGUCGCUGUGCCAUCCACAGUGGGAUGCCUCCAAGGAAGCUUUGGCUGGAACAGGGAACACAGUGCUAGGCCCUUUGACCCAGAGUGCGUGCACAAGUGUUUCGGGGUGAGGCACAUGCAUACCCGUGCCCAUGCAGUGCACAGUCUCCUGUUGGGGUGACCUGUGGGGCCCUGUGGGCUAACCUCUGGCAUAUCAGGCAGGAGGGCCCACCCUGUGAAGCAGGAGAAGCUCAACCUCAUUUACAUUCCAGCUAAAUCAGUCCAGAGUCAGGCAGAGCUGAGCAUGCUGAAC